CAACUCAUCCAUAUUCUUCGCAUCAAUCCGUACUCUAUUUUCUUUCGUUCACUUGGUGAUAUGCCAGAUUUGGAAAGACAAAUAAUACAUGUUAGGAGUGACGCUGGCCUAGAUCAACGUGUAUUCAAUGCCCCUACUUCCUCACAAGUAGCGGCAAUAUGGGUUGAAAAUGACAACGAGAACCAAAUUGGAAUGCGUGAUAUCUUUGUAUAUAACCAUUCCGGUAGACAAUUUAAAGUUCAAUAUUACUACGGGUGUUACGACUCACUGCAAUAUCCAUUGUUAUUUCCGUACGGUGAUAAUGGUUGGCAUAAAGGGAUUGAAAGGGUUGGAGAAACCCAAUCAAGAUCCGUCGAACAAACUCAAACAACAAACCCUCGACGAUCAUCAAAUGUAGAAGAAUUAUUAGCAGCAGAAGAAGCAGUAUCAAUCCAAGAAACGAAAGAACCAAAGGUUUCGUGUCGUGAAUAUUACUGCUUCAAGUUCCAAAUACGGGAAGAUGAAAGAUCGAUUUUGCUACUCUCUGGUCGGCUAUUACAACAAUAUGCAGUAGACAUGUAUGUCAAGAUGGAGACUUCAAGAUUGGAUUAUUACAGAGGCCAGCAAAUGCACAUACGCACAGAAUUAUAUCAAGGUAUAGUUGACACAAUUACGUUGCGAGAACGAGACGCUUCUAAUGUUGGGAAGCGAAUCAUACUCCCUUCAUCUUUCAUAGGAGGACCAAGAGACAUGAGGAAGAGAUACAUGGAGGCAAUGGCAUUGGUACAACGCUAUGGUAAACCUGAUAUUUUUCUAACGAUGACAUGCAAUCCAAACUGGAAGGAAAUCACAAAUGAAUUAUGUCAACACGAGGAGAGCCACAAUAGACCUGAUCUGGUUGCACGAGUUUUCCAUGCAAAACUAGAGGAAUUAAAGGACAGGUUAUUCAAGAAAGAGAUAUUCGGCAAGGUCGCAGCAUAUGUUUACGUUAUUGAGCACCAAAAAAGAGGUCUUCCACAUGCACACUUUUUAAUUAUAUUGAAAAGGGAUUGGAAAGUCCAUGCUCCUGAAUCCUUCGAUGAGAUCGUGUCAGCAGAGAUUCCAGAUAAAAACUCUAACAUCCACUUGCACAAGGCGGUUGUAAAACACAUGAUGCAUGGACCUUGUGGGGAUUUGAACAAAACAAAUGUUUGCAUGAAGGGGGAGAAUCCACGUUGCAAAAAUAAUUUUCCAAAAAAAUAUGCUCCAUUUACGUCUGUCGGAAAUGACUGUUUCCCUAUUUAUAGGCGUUCAAAUAAUGGUGUGACCGUAAAGGUCAGAGGGGCAACAUUAGACAAUCGUUGGGUUGUUCCCUACAACCCAUAUCUCCUUGCCACAUUUGACUGCCACAUUAAUGUAGAAAUUUGCUCUACAGUGAAGGCGGUAAAGUAUCUCUAUAAAUACAUUUACAAAGGCCAUGAUCGUGUUGCAUUCAACUUGGUCUCCGAAACAAACAACCAACAAGUUGAUGAAAUACAUCAGUUCCAGACAGCUCGAUGGAUUGCUGCCCCCGAAGCAAUGUGGAGAAUAUACGGAUUUAUUGUAAAUGAGAUGUCCCCAGCAGUAUAUAACUUGCAUUUACAUCUCAAGAAUCAGCAUACGGUUACAUUCCAAGGAAAUUCUGACCUGUCAAACAUUGCUAAUUCGGAACAUUACAAAAAAUCUAUGUUAACAGAAUUCUUUGAAUUAAAUAAAGUAGAUGAAAAUGCAAGGAUGUUACUGUACCGACAAAUUCCUGAAUACUAUGUUUGGAACAAUCAAAACAGAAGGUGGACUCCACGAAAAAAAAAGACAGUAAUAGGACGUAUUGUAACAGCAAACCCAUUAGAAGGCGAAAGAUAUUUUUUGCGGAUACUGCUAAAUCACAUAAAAGGCCCGUUAUCUUUCGAAGAUAUCAGGACAGUACAUGGCGUAUUGGCGCCAACAUAUCGUGAUGCAGCAACAAUGCAUGGAUUGCUACAGAGAGAUAGUUGCUUAGAAGACUGUUUACACGAAGCAUCCCUUUAUCAAAUGCCUUCCAGUUUGAGGCGAUUGUUUGCAACAAUAUUAGUCUACUGUAAUCCGAACAAUCCAAAAGAACUUUGGGAACAUUUUGAGGAACAAAUGUCACUCGAUAUCAAAAAAACAGAAAAUGAUACACAAAACGUAAGAUAUCAAGUAUUGCGGUCGAUAUCUUCGACAAUUGAGUCUAUGGGAAAAGACAUUAAUUCAUACCAACUGCUUGACGAAGACAUCAUCUUUGAUAAUGACGAAUUUCAAUCCAGAGAAAUUAACGAUGAAUUGAAUGUAGAAAUUCCAGAGGAAGAUGUUACAGCGUCAGAAAGACUUAAUACUGAGCAACAACAAGUGUACAAUGCAGUAAUGGAUAGUAUUUCAUCAAAAAAAAGCAAUGCAUUCUUCGUGGACGGGCCCGGUGGGACAGGUAAAACAUACCUAUACAAGGCGUUACUUGCAGUCGUACGAUCUAAUGGUGCCGUAGCACUCGCAACUGCUUCAUCAGGUGUGGCAGCAUCUAUUCUUCCGGGAGGUCGUACAACUCACUCACGUUUCAAGCUUCCCCUCGAUGCCGAUGGAAAAAGCACAUGCUGUGUAAGCAAACAGAGUGCACUGGCCAAACUACUUUGUGCAGCAAAAUUAAUUAUAUGGGAUGAGGCCCUAAUGACCUGAAAACAGCACAUAGAAGCGUUAGAUAAAAUGCUACAGGACAUUAACGAUACAACCUUACCAUUUGGUGGAAAGGUAAUUGUUUUUGGAGGAGAUUUUCGCCAGGUGUUACCUGUGGUACAAAAAGGAACGAGACAGGAGCAGAUAAAUUCCACCUUGGUAUAUUCAUACCUGUGGCCUACUUUGACUAAAUUUCGACUAAUUCAAAACAUGCGAGCCAGGCUGGAUCCGUUGUUUUCGGACUACGUGUUGUCGGUGGGCAACGGCACGCCACCAAACACAAUCAAUGACAUAAUAAAAAUACCACAUGAAAUUCUUGUACCGUAUGAUGACGACAACAGUCCCUUAAAUAUCUUGAUAGAAGACGUUUUCCACAACAUUCAGCAAUAUCUAGAAAAUGUGUCUACCAUGAUGAACCGUGCAAUACUAACACCAAAGAACAGCUUUGUCGAUGAAAUAAAUUCGUUGUUAAUUGGACGAUUCCCAAGAGAAGUCCACCUAUACUAUAGUAGGGAUGAGACGGUAGAUAAUACUGAGCAAUCGGUAAUGGAGGACUUCUUAAACACUCUAACUCCGAAUGGAUUACCCCCACAUGAAUUAAAACUCAAAAAAAAUUGUCCCAUAAUGCUGCUUAGAAACAUUAAUCCUUCUGAAGGUUUAUGCAAUGGAACACGUUUAAUAUGUCGGGCAUUCGACCAAAAUGUCAUAGAUGCUGAAAUUGCCGUGGGACACCAUAUCGGAAAAAGAGUGUUCAUUCCAAGGAUACCAUUCCUGCCAAAUGUGGAUGAAAAUAGUGGUUUUCCAUUCAAACGAACACAAUUCCCAAUCAGAUUGAGUUUCGCAAUGACUAUAAAUAAGUCCCGGGGACAAACAUUGGAUUACGUUGGGAUCUAUUUACCACAACCUGUUUUUUCACACGGUCAGUUAUAUGUAGCAAUAUCACGAGCAAAGACAUCAUCAACAGUUAGAGUCCUGAUCCGACCUGUGUCAACUUCGCAACAAGAUAAGAACUCGACUAAAAACAUUGUGUACACAGAGUUAUUAGCAUUAUCUUGUUUAAGUUAAUCUCUUCAAACAACUUGCAAAGUGACCGAAUGCCGACUCUACACCAAUCAGUUGAUUACAUCACUCCAACCACAGUUGGAUGGAAAAUAAAAAUGACAGUUCUACAAAAAUUUCUACCGCGAACAAGCAUGAGUUCACCAGUCCGAUAUCAGAAGCUCUAUUUAUCUGAUC